GGGUUUGACAUAUUCCCACAAGUGGUGUAGUCUGAACCACUUUGAAAGUCACUCUCAUCCUGCAAAGUGCUUCACUAGGAUGUCUGGUGCAAAGAUCCUGCGAUUUCUCCAGAGCUUAUCACGUAGGAAACCUCUGGAGCCUGAGGGAGAGGUGUCCAACUUCCGCCGCUGCCUGACGACCCUUGACCUUGUGGCUUUGGGAGUGGGCAGCACAUUAGGGGCUGGCGUGUAUGUGCUGUCCGGAGAGGUGGCCAGAACUGUGGCCGGGCCCAGUAUCAUCAUCUCCUUCUUGAUAGCGGCCAUAGCCUCGGUCUUUGCGGGACUGUGCUAUGCUGAAUUUGGAGCUCGGGUUCCCAAGACCGGUUCUGCCUACCUCUACACCUAUGUGACAGUGGGCGAGAUAUGGGCCUUUAUUACUGGUUGGAACCUUCUCCUGUCUUAUGUCAUUGGGACAUCAAGUGUGGCCAGAGCAUGGAGUGGAACUUUUGAUGACCUCAUUGGAAAUGUCAUUGCCAAUUCACUGGGAAAACAAGCUGCCAUGGACAUGCCAGGAUUAGCUCCUUAUCCAGACUUCUUUGCAGCUGGCCUCAUUAUUCUCUUGGCAGGUAUUCUUGCAUUCGGUGUUAAAGAGUCUGCCAUCGUGAACAAAAUUUUCACAGCAGUCAAUAUUAUAGUGUUGCUCUUUGUUAUUCUCACUGGCUUCCUAAAGGGAGAUCUCAACAACUGGUACAUUGAUGAAGAACAUCUACAAAGUUCACAUGGAAACAUAUCAUUAAAUGAAACCAUGACUUUUGGAAAUGGUGGAUUUUUCCCUUUUGGCUUUGAUGGAACAUUGGCAGGAGCAGCGACUUGCUUUUACGCAUUUGUUGGCUUUGACUGCAUUGCCACAACAGGAGAGGAGGUUCAGAACCCCCAGAAAUCAAUCCCACUUGGAAUUGUGGCCUCCCUUCUCAUUUGCUUCAUGGCUUAUUUUGGCGUGUCCGCCGCCCUUACUUUAAUGAUGCCAUACUAUUUGCUCAGUGUUCAUAGCCCACUCCCCGCGGCUUUUACAUAUGUGGGCUGGGACCCUGCGAAGUAUGCCGUGGCAGUGGGAUCUCUCUGUGCACUGUCAACAAGCCUCUUGGGAUCAAUGUUUCCUAUGCCCCGAGUGCUUUUUGCAAUGGCAAGGGAUGGCCUUCUCUUCAGCCAUCUCAGCAAAAUGAGUGAGAGACAAAGUCCUGUCAUUGCUACUCUGGCUUCGGGUGUCGUCGCGGCCAUCAUGGCAUUAUUAUUUGACCUGAAGGCGCUGGUUGACAUGAUGUCCAUUGGAACCCUGUUUGCCUACACCCUUGUUGCCAUUUGUAUUCUCAUUUUAAGAUACCAAGUGGACAUCACUGCUGACAACAAAGAAGAGCCAUUUACAGUCAGUGGACUCUUUUUUCCUCAUUCACACUGCACAGCACGGACAUCAAAAAAUGUGUCUGUUUUGACGGUUUGUAUCAUAUUUUUAGCAACUACUCUGAGUCUUGUCGUAUCCCAAGCUACGACCUCGCUGCAGUCCUCGGAGUGGUGGAGCGUGCUCUGUGUUGUUGCAGUCACAGCGAUUCUGAGCCUCGUUGUUCUCAUCAUUUGGAGACAACCGCAGAGCACAACACGUGCUGCUUUUAUGGUUCCUUUUGUGCCGGUGCUUCCUAUCUUGAGCACCUUGAUCAAUAUUUACUUAAUGGUUCAAUUGGGAUCAGACACAUGGAUACGCUAUAUGGUGUGGAUGGCCAUAGGUUUAAUCAUCUACUUUUCUUAUGGAGUUCAGCACAGCGUGCAGAAACAAAGGCUCCAAAAUUCACACAACCAACUCAGCAUUCAAUGAGUUACCUUUGUGGAUGAUAGUCCUGCACAAAUUUUCUUGGUUUGUUGA